UCUCUCUCUCUCUCUCUCAUCACAGCCCAGAUUUGACCCACACAUUCCACAUCCUCUUACGUUAAUGAGGUACUAAAGUCUAAAGGGUGGCAGUUGGCACCUGCACUUCUCAUUCUCUCCGAGAAGAUUUUCACACAAGCCUUUUUUUGCUUAUAAAAAAGCUUGCACCCCUCCCACACAGGUUCUAGCUUCUAGCCAGCAGCCAUUUUUUCCCUUCUUGGGUCUGCAAGUUUUUCUCUCUAGAAUAAAGAAAGCCAGAAGACAGUAUUAUUUUGUGCUGGGAUAAAACCCAAAAAAAUCCCUUCUUGGGUCUGCAAGUUUUUCCUGCCCUGUUUCACGUCAUAGUCUAAAGAAGGUGGGGGCUAGUGAGCAACCGUUUGAAGUGUUGGGUCCCUUGCCAUUUUCUUUUUGGUUCAGUUUAGGCUUUGGCAGAAAUUAUUGUCUGCCUUGCUUUCAUGCGAACAGAAAUAAUGAGAGGCUCUUUGUUGCUUUCUUUUUAUCUUUAAAUCUUGUUCCUUCAUUCUCUUCUGCUAUUCAAUAAUUUUCACAACCCUUCAAGAAAAGAAAAACAAUUCUAAAAGAACCAGCCUCCAAGUUCUUGGUUCAGAGAGAGAAACAAAAAUAUUGGUUCGCUCUGACCUGUAACCACCUAAAGACCAAGGUAGUACACAUCUGAUGAAGCGUCUUAAGUAUUCAAUGCUGAGUUCUGUAACUCAAGAUUCUCUUCGUCUUUCAUCUCUUUUUUCAUGGUUUCAAAGAUGAACUGUUGAAGCCAUUGAGAGCUUAGAAGGUGAAGAAAAGGAAGUCUACAAAGUUUAAGAGAGUUGUCUUUCUUGGGUUGCUCUGUGGAGAGAAGAUGUCUGCAAAGUAUAUGUAUAGGUUAUCGGAUGAAAACCCAGAUCUGCAGAAGCAUAUCGGAUGCAUGAAUGGCAUCUUUCAACUGUUUGACCGCCAUCAUAUCCUGGGCGGCAGCCGCCGAGCCACCAGCCAAAACCAAAAGAGGCUUCCAUCAGGUCAAAAUGGCAACCAUGGGAAUGGGAUCCAGCCCAAAGGUGCCCCACAAAAGAAGACCACGGAAAAGAGAGCCAAGGCAUUGAAAGAGAAACACAGAACCUCCACUGAAUCAUCAAGAACCUCGUUUUCAUCUUCCUCGUGUUCGUCCAGUAUCUCAUCCCUUGAAUGCAGUAAAGCAUCUCAGAUGGAACCGUCUUCUUUCAGUCAAUCUGUUGCCCCAGAAAACCAUGCUCGGAACUCACACACGUACAAACCAAAUGCUUAUUUGCAGUCAAGCCAACAAUCUCUUGAUCUCCGGGAUGUUGUUAAAGACUCGAUCAACAGAGAACCACGUGGCUUAUCAGUCAAAACUGCAACCACAGGAGAAGCCCGGGGCCAAACCUUGAAAUACAUUGAUUCCCCAAGACCAUUACAUUACCUCAACUCUGUAAAUCCCAAAGAUCCAGGUCCAAGGGAAUCAUUUAGAGUUCUUCAUAAGCUUCGAGAAUCGCCCUACAAAUCCAGUGAAGGGAAGAGUAAUUUCUUAACAGGUGGACUGAAGGAUGCCCGCAGGUUUUCUUAUGAUGGAUGGGAAUCAAGAGACACUUUGAAAUCUACUAUUAAGCUCAAGGAGCUCCCAAGGCUGUCACUGGACAGUAGAGCAGGCUCUGUAAGGGGUUCCAACCCUGAAAUGAAAUCAAAUUUUCUUUCAAGGGAUUUGGGGAGGGAUGAUCUGAACUCCAACAGUUUCCUAAACAACCAACAGGAUCCAGGAAGCAAUAAACGACCGUCUAGUGUAGUGGCCAAGUUGAUGGGCCUAGAAGCUCUGCCAGAUCCCAUGUCAACCAGUGGGAACCAAACAACGCAGAUUAAAACCCACCUAGAUGAAGAAAACAAGUUCCUGGGGUCAUCGAGAACAACUGAUUUGGACAAACAAAAUCGAAUUUCUGGCUCCCCAAGAAAUCUGCACAAGGAACCCACCUCACCCAGCCAGAGAAAUGCUGCCUCAGACAAGAAGCUCACUGCAUCCUUAAAGUUUCCAAUAGAGCCAGCUCCAUGGAGGCAGCCAGAUGGAAGCAGAGGUUCUCAAGCACCAGCUCAGAAGAAUCGGGUAACUCUAACUAAAGUCCCCAGCUCCUCUCUUUCUGUUUAUGGUGAAAUAGAGAAAAGGUUGGCACAACUUGAGUUCCAAAAGUCUGGAAAGGAUCUUAGAGCUCUUAAGCAAAUACUUGAAGCAAUGCAGAAGACGAAGGAGAUAUUAGAGACCAGAAAAGAAGAUUCAAGUUUUGAAACUCGGACAAGCAUUAUUAGCAGUCUUGAUCAGGGCUCAAAGUUGGCAAAUCUGCGAGACCUACAGAGCAACAGCCCCAUUUCUGUCCCUACAAAGGGGACCACUUCACCAAAGAGCUUUAAAUCUUCAAUUGUGAUCAUGAAACCAGCUAAGCUCAUUGGAAAAACCAUUAAUUCUGUUUCUGCAAUAAACGCAACAGAUAGUUCAUCAGGUAUUCACAGGCUCCGGGUUGCUACCCCUGAAGAUGGCAGAAAGGAAUCAGUUGACAAGCAAGCUGCUAAAGAUGUAUCUCCCAGAAUCAAGAAUCUUACAGACCAUUCCAAUAAACCUCUUCACCGAAAUCCCAUGGAUAAAAAUGCUGGUGCUAGAUCAAUAAGAUUGGCACAACCUUCAAAGGAGAUUCGAUCCACAACUAGAGAGGCCACCAACUCAGGUAAGAGGUCAGAAACCAUGAACCUAAGACAGCAACAGAAGAAACUGGGGUUUGAGAAGCAAUCUCGUCCAGCAACAGCAUCAUUGGAAUCAAACAGGAGAAGAAGGCAGCCAAGUAAACAGCCAACAGACUCAUGUUCUCCACAUCAAAAACCCAGAGCAAAAUCCCUCAACUUGCAGCCAAGUGAUUAUGAAUUGAGUGAUAUUAGUGAUUUAAGAGAUUCGAGUCACCACAGUGAUGCUGUUUCUCUGCAAUCUGAGAGCAACAUUAGCUUGGCCUCACAGUAUGAUGAUGAAGUCUCAAGCAAUGACAGAUCUAACAAGAUCAAUAAGACUUUUAUCCAGCAAGCACGCUUGAGACAAAGGAACCUGGCCGAAAGGUCAAUCAAGGGCACAUCAAUUCCAGAACCAAGACCAGCUUCUUCAGAACAACCAAGUCCUGUUUCUGUUCUUGAUGCCGCAUUCUAUGGUGAUGAAUUGCCAUCUCCCAUUAAGAAAAUAUCAAUUGCCUUUAAAGAUGAUGAGGCUCUAAAGUCUGAUGGGGUGGAGUGGAUUCCUAUAGAUGAAAAUUACUCAUUUAACAGCAUGAACUCCAGUCUCCACUCAAUGAUCAAUCAGAAGAAUGUGCAGAACCUCAAGCCCUUAAUUCAGAAUCUGAAAGAGAUGUUAUCUACUCACAAGGAAUACAUCACUGAUGAAACGACACCUUUCUACAACCACGCAAAUCCAGACCAUGAAUACAUUUCACAAAUAUAUUUAGCAUCAGGUCUCCAUAAAGACUUUGAAUCUGGUUUAAGAACCAUUAACCUCCAUCCAACAGGCACCCCUAUCAACCCUGAUAUAUUCCAUGCCCUAGAACAAGCCAAAGCAAGCUCAGGGCACUUCAAUGAUGAUCACAAUGGUAAAAGGAUAUCCCUGUCAGAAACUCAUGCCAAAAUCCAAAGGAAACUUCUGUUCGAUGUUGUGAAUGAAAUAUUAGUCCACAAAUUGCUAUCAGAAAAUUCUUCCAAACAGUGGCUCUCGUCAAAAAUGCUGGCUGGGAAAGGACAAAAAAGACAGCAACUACUGGGAGAUUUGUGCUCAGAGAUAGAUAGGCUGCAAUGUCUGCAUUAUCUUUUAGACGAUGAGGAUGACAAUUCAAGAAGCAUCCAAUGGGAGGAUUUGAUGCGUGAAUCAAUUCACUGGACCGCUUGCCAUGAUGAAAUUCAAGGAAUAGUUCUGGCUGUAGAGCGUUUGAUCUUCAAAGACUUAAUAACUGAGGUCAUAAACAGUGAGAUGAUUGGUCGACAAGGAAGGUUAGCUGGGCAUCAUAGGCAACUGUUUCCAAAAUAAUAUUUUUUUUGGCAUAACUGUUUCGACAUCGUAUGUUAGUAGUCCCUCCCACUGGUGUUAAAUUUGUGGGUCUAGCUUACUUUUCAAGUGAAAUCAAAAUAAUUCAUCAAGUAUAAAUUAACUUUACGCUAGCAUGUAAAUCUUUAAAAGAAGCUUCACAUAUAUAUAAAUUACAGUCACUGUAUAUGCAAGUA